AUAAGGAACAUCCAUAACGUCAUGUGGCUGUGCUACAUGCAGAAUACUGAAGUAGGAAUAUUGCUUUUAAUACAGUAUGGAAUAUGGACUACCAAGCAUAUGGACCCAUCAUGACAGUACCAUAAAGCACCUUUAAUUCAUCAAAUUGCUAGAAGUGAUUGGAUUUGCACACAGACACAGUGCUCUGUUUUCAUCUAGUGCAGCAUGUCGGAGAAGGGUUGAGCUUCAACCACAAGAAGAUUAGCAUUUGCUUGAUGGCUUUAGUCACGAGUUAGCAUUCCCCAUUCACGAAGCCAAGCAUAUGCAUAUGCUUGACUUGCAGGUUCUCUGUCUGGUUCAUGAUGGGUUCAACAAGGCUAGCAUACCUCACUCACCACGCCAUGACAGUGCUUUAUGUUUUCAGAUUCUGAAGUGCACAAGAAGGCCAUUGCAAGUCCAAAUCUGUCCAGCUCUACAUCUACAAGUUACAGGAGCGUUGUCCUUAAUUUGGUUCUCUGGCUAGUCCUUUGUUGGCUUCAACGACGAGACUAGCAUGACCCACUCACCAAGCCAUGACAGAUGACACAAGUAGGUUGUCAUAGGUCCAAAUCUAGCCGGAUUUACGCUGAUUACUAUCCAGGUGCGUUGCCCUUAAUUUGCUUUGUUCCUAGCUCUCUUGUUAAUAUCUUAACUGGGUUGAUACCUAUGUUUUCAAGGCGCCCAGGCGCUUUAAGGCGCUGGGGGGGCGCCUCAACGCCUAGGCGCUCAAAGCGCGAGGCGAGGCGACGCCUUAGACACUUAUUAUUAGGCGGUAGGGGUACUAAUAUGGCGGAGGAGCUUGGCUGGAGAGGGGGAGGACCGGCGGAGAUGGAUCUUGGCCGGAGAGGGGAAGGGCCUGUGGAGGAGGAGCUUGGCCGGACAGGGGGAGGCCGGCGGAGGAGUAGCGGAUCUGGGCCGGCGGCGUGAGAGGAGAGAGCUCCUCUCUCUUUUCCCCUCGAUUUGGAGUCACGGGUGUGUUCCCCUCUCUCUCCUGCCUCUGUUUACCCCCUCUCUCCCGCCCAAUUUCUCUUCCCUCCCGCCAAUUCCUCUUUCUGGCGCGCGCCAGCUGCUGGUUCCCUCUCAACCUGCCCACGCAUGUCCAGGGCGUCCAAAAUCAACUAAAGCGGCGCCUUAUCCGCCUAGGCGACGCCUUGGACGCCUCAACAGCAGAAGGCGGACGCCUUAGACAGAAAACUAAGGCGACGACGACGCCUUGACGUCCCCGAGCGCUCUGACGCCUAAGCGUCGCCUAGGCGACGCCUAGGCGACGCCUUGAAAACAUAGGUUGAUACAAAAAUUGAGCAGUUUUCCUGCCAGGUUGCUCUCUAGUUUUGCUGGGUAAAAGAAACAAGGAGGAAGAUCAGAUCCAGCAAUUUGUCAUCAGCAACAAGCUUGCAUACUCUCGAUCAUGCCAAUGACUCCAUGACAGUUCAGAAUCUCUACGAUCAAGCUGCAAUGACAACAAGACCAGCUGAGCCAUGAUGUCUCUUUUUCUUUUUUCGAGAAGAUUGUUCUGGUGGUUUCAAAUCCAAAAGUGCACAAGGAGGUUACCAAGACCGAGCAGAUCUAAGCUAUAACAAGGCAGUGGUCAUUCUGAUCAUACAGAGGAGAAUACACAACUAGGCCACGACCUAACACCGAGACAUUAGCAAUUCUCAAAGUAAUGGCAGAGAUUGUGAUUCUUCUAGCCAUUAGAAAGAUUGGAAUUGCUUUGGCAAAGGCAGCUGUAGACCAGGCCAGCGUACAGUUUGGAAAGUAUGGCACACAACUACUAGAACUACAGGGCAGUAUGGGCCGUGUUGGUAGGGAGCUUCGCAUAAUGCAUGAGGUUCUAUGUCAGAUGGACAUUCGUAGUCGCAACAAUCAGGUAUAUGAGGUCUGGUUGGAGGAGGUACGCAUAGUAGCACAUGUGAUGGAGGACAUGGUGGAUGAGUACUUGUAUCUUGUUGGGCAGGAACAAGAUAUAGGUUGUUGUUUUUUUCUGAAGAAGGGUUCCAAGAAGCCCAGAUCUUUGCUUUCUUUGAACAUGAUAGCUUCCAAGGUGAAGGAAAUAGAGAAAGAACUUUCACACUUGUCAGAGACAAACAAUCGUUGGGUUGGAAUGAUAAACAACAGGGACUCAAAUUACAUUGUCAAGAGAUCCCAAGAUCUAGCAAACAUUUCACGCUCCCUUGAUGAAGAAGAUCUAGUGGGGGUGGAUAAAAACAGAGAAGAACUCCAGCAAUGGUUGGCAGGUGAUGAUCUGGAAUGCUCUGUGAUAAGUCUGCUUGGAAUGGGAGGUCUUGGUAAAACUGCUUUAGCUGCAAAUGUCUACAAGAAGGAGAGGGAAAAAUUCCAGUGCUAUGCCUGGGUCUCCAUUUCUCAGACUUAUUCUAGAGAAGAUGUCUUGAGAAAUAUGAUCAAAGAACUUUUUAAGGAUAAUGCCAGUGUUCUAUCUAGCAUUCUGGCUAUGGACAUAAUGAGCCUUGAAGAGACAUUAAAGAAAUAUCUGGAGCAAAGGAAGUACUUUAUCAUAUUGGAUGAUGUUUGGGAUCCGGUAGCAUUUAAUGAUUUGUCAAGGAUGUUUAUUCAUAAUGAUAAGGGCAGUAGAGUGAUGCUCACAACAAGGGAAGCCUGCGUUGCCGCACUUGCCUCUCCAGGAUGUAUCUUAACACUGGAAGCUUUACCAGAAGACAAGGCAUGGGAUCUCUUUUGUAAGAAAGCCUUUCCAAGAGAAACAAAUCAUGAAUGUCCCACAGAAUUGAAGCCAUCGUCCAAGGAAAUAGUUAGCAAGUGCAAAGGCUUGCCUCUUGCUAUCGUGUCAGUUGGUAGCCUCUUGCGUGUGCGUGAUAAAACCGUGGAAGAAUGGAGAAGAAUAAACGAACAACUGAGCUGGGAGAUAAUUAACAAUUCAAGGCUGGACCACAUAAGGAAUGUUCUGCAUCUAAGCUUCAUCUACCUCCCAACAUACUUAAAAAGUUGUUUCCUAUACUGCAGCUUAUUUCCAGAAGACUAUCAUUUUAAAAGGAAACAACUUGUACGGUUAUGGACAGCAGAGGGAUUCAUCGAGGAGAGGGGUGAAAGCACACUAGAAGUAGUGGCAGAAUGCUAUCUAAAAGAGUUGGUUGACAGAAACAUGCUGCAACUUGUUGAGAGAAACUCAUUUGGUCGGAUGAAGAAAUUCAAAAUGCACGAUCUCGUACGUGAACUGGCAGUUGAUUUGUGCAAGAAGAAUUGUUUUGGUGUUAGUUAUGAGGAUCAGUGUGGGGGGUCUCUCGAGAUGAAUGGACGUCGGUUGGUGCUUCACAAACUAAAGAAGGAUAUUCAACAGCCAUUUUCAAAUAUGCACCAACUUCGGACUAUCAUUACACUGGGUGGUAGCAAGUCAUCAUUCACUUUACUACCUCUGCUAUGCACGGAGUCAAGAUAUAUGACAGUGUUAGAAUUAAGUGGGCUGCCUAUCAAUGAGAUUCCAGAUGCUAUUGGAGAUCUUUUUAAUCUCCGUCAUUUGGGUUUGCGUAAUUCAAAAGUGAAGAAGCUCCCUAAGUCUGUGCAGAAGCUUUCAAAUUUGUUGAUACUCGACCUUUAUGAAUCUGAUAUACAUGAGCUCCCUAGUGGGAUUGUGAAACUGAAGAAGCUUAGGCACUUAUUUGCUCAGAAAACAAUUGAUACAGAUUAUAGAGAGCUUGCAAGUUGCAGUGGUGUGCAUAUCCCCAAUGGACUUGGAAGUCUAAUAAACCUUCAGACGCUACAAGCAUUGGAAUUACAGGAUGAGUCUGUUAGACAUUUAGGGGAGCUGAGGCAAGUGAGAAGCUUGAGGUUAUUGAAUGUGAAGGGAAUCUACUGUAGAAGUAUCAGUGAGUCUCUAGUUAAGAUGCGGUAUUUGUCCUACCUAGAUGUGAAUGCAAGUGAUGAGAACGAGGUUCUCUUGUUGAAUGUCUGUCUGCCAAGCCUGCAAAAGCUACUUUUGAAACUGUAUUCAUUGUCUCUAUACUGGUCACAGCUGAGAGAAGACCCCCUGCCAUCCCUUUCUCGGUUGUCAAACUUGACGCGUCUAUUUCUGACGAGAGCAUACAAUGGAGAGCAGCUGGCAUUUCUCACGGGGUGGUUCCCCAAGCUAAAGGUUCUCUCUCUAAGAGACCUGCCUAAUCUGAGUCUUCUAGAGAUACAGCAAGGUGCCAUGGCGAGCCUGGAGAAAUUAACCUUAACCAAUCUCAGAAGCAUAACGGAGGUCCCAGCUGGCAUUGAGUUCCUCCUGCCCCUCCAGUAUCUAGGCUUCCGGGAAAUCAGCUAUGACUUCUUGACGUUGCUGCGUCAAUGUUCUGCAAUUCAAGGGACGCAGUGGCAGCAUAGUCUCCGAUGGUGACCAGCCACAGUGUUCAGGAAAGUGCAUGCAGGUAAGCUAUAUAUAUCCAAGUUAAUGCGUCAAGGCGUCAAUGUAUCGAUCUCAAGUUGCAUCAUAUCCAGUGUUGGUAUGCGUCAGCGGUGCAGCUGAUGUACUAAUUCUGCGCCAUUUGCUGCUGCUGCUGUUGGUGGGCUUGCUCUGUUUUUCUCAAGGCGUACCCCUGUUCCACCUUCAUUUGCCCACGGAGCUCUUCACUUCUGUUGCUCCUGCCUGCAUCUGCAUGUGUUUGCCACUUUUGCUAAUAUUUGUGUGUUUUUGCUUGUAAUAAAGACUGCACUUAUUGCUGUAAGACUCGGACCAAGUCGUCUUUUCAUUUUUCAGACUACUUAUUUCUUUGCAUUACCUGUUUGAACUUCUACUCGCGUUCGCGUCGUGAACCAUGUACGCCUUAUUUCAGCUGUGUCUGUUAAAUAAAAGACUCGAUCGUGUUGCCAUUCA